AUGUUUAAUAAUAAUAAUAAAUUAAAUAAUAAUUAUUAUAAUACUAAUAAUAUGUUAAUGUCAUCUAACAACUAUAGUUUUAACAAAAGUUUAAACAAAGGUAGUAUUCAUACAUUAAAUGCAGAAAAACUAAGAACUAAGAUUAUUGAUCACUUUUUUUCACCUAUUAUAGCUUUAUCAAGCAAACCUACUUUUAUUGUGUCAAGAGAUAAAGUAAUUGUUAACGUAUUCUAUUAUAUUCCUAAAUCUGAAGCAGAAUUAGAAGAAGAUAAAGGGUACAAAAAAGUACGAUAUGGAAGAAAAAAAAUUCAAAGUUUAAAUCAAAAUACUCUAAAUAACUUAGGAAGAACAUUAAGAAAAUUAUUUGACCGAAAAGUAGAACUACAAUUUGUAAAAUUAAAUUACCCUUAUUUAAAUAGAACAAUUUUAGCCAAAUAUAUUGGUAUCAAUAGAAAUAAUUACAAAUUCAAUAAAGUUGUGGGUUCUAUUUUCAGAAAUAGACCUGUAGUAAAAAAUAAUUUUGAGAAUUUUAGUAAUAAAUAUACGAGAUUAGAUUUACCUUCGCAUAUGCUAGGUAUGAAAAUUCGAGCAUCUGGUCGAUUAAAUUCUGAGCGAGCUAAACCACGAUUAACAGUAAUAGAAAGAAAAUUAGGUAAUUUUAAUGAUAAAAAUGGAACUUAUACAGAAUUAGGUUCAUGGACAAUAAAAAGUCGACAUGGAGCAGUUACAGUAAAAGUUUGGAUUACUCAUAAAAUGAUCCCCUAA